AUGGCUUCGAAAGCGACCGAGUCAUCCUUAGAACCUGAAAUCAACUACCACCAUGAGGCAGAGCACAUAGAAUCUAGUUUCAAGGGCAUUUUUUCAAAUAAGUAUGUCACCAUCUGCGCCGCGUUCUCGACCUUGGGCGGUGCAAUGUUCGGAUUUGACCAAGGGGUUGUGUCCGUUACUCUCGUUAUGGACCAGUUCCUUCAUCGAUUCCCUGAAGUUGCCGACGGGGCAGCCGGAGCCGGGUUCAAGAAAGGCCUUCUCACAGCUAUGAUUGAGCUUGGGGCUUUUCUUGGUGCUAUGAACCAGGGUUGGAUUGCGGAUAAGAUAUCUCGCAGAUGGUCUAUCAUGGUUGCAGUUGGAAUCUUCUUAGUGGGGUCUGCGAUUCAGACUGGGUCCAUGAACUACAAUAUGUUGGCUGCCGGUCGAUUUGUUGGCGGAAUCGGAGUGGGUAUGAUGGCUAUGGUGGCUCCAUUAUACAUCUCGGAGAUUGCUCCUCCUGAGAUCCGUGGCACUCUACUCGUGCUGCAAGAGCUCUCUAUCGUCACGGCCAUUGUCGCUGCCUUUUACACGACGUACGGAACGAGACACAUACAAAGCGAGUGGUCUUGGCGGCUUCCAUUUCUCGUUCAGAUGGCACCCGCUCUAAUUUUAGGCGCCGGUGUGCCCUUUCUUCCGUAUUCCCCCCGUUGGCUUGCAUCCAGGGGACGGGACGAUGAAGCUUUGAAAGUUCUAUGCAAGCUCCGACAGCUUCCUGCUACCGAUCGACGUGUUCUCUGCGAGUGGCUGGAGAUUCGGUCAGAAGUUGCUUUUUGCAAGGAACAACUUGCAGAGCGACACCCCUCGCUACAAGACCCGAGUCUUACAAGCCGCAUGAAGCUUAACAUUGUAGGCUACCUAGACUGCUUUCGUCCUGGUGCUUGGAAAAGAACUCACGUGGGCAUCGGCCUUAUGUUCUUUCAGCAGUUUGUUGGCAUCAAUGCCCUGAUCUACUAUUCUCCGACCCUCUUUGGCACUAUGGGGCUCAAUUACGAGAUGAGACUUGAUAUGUCCGGCGUUAUGAACAUCUGCCAAGUGGUAGCCUGCUUCUUCUCACUCUGGGCUAUGGAUCGCUUUGGUCGACGUCCCUUAUUGUUAGCAGGAGGCAUCUGCAUGGUCAUCUCUCAUUUUAUUAUUGCGGUUCUUGUGGGCAAGUUUAGAAACGAAUGGGCCACACGUCAAGCCGAAGCUUGGACUUCAGUGGCAUUUUUGCUGUUCUUCAUGUUGACGUUCGGCGCUACUUGGGGGCCCAUUCCUUGGGCCAUGCCUGCCGAGAUCUUCCCUUCGUCUCUCCGUGCCAAAGGUAUGGCAUAUACGACGAUGUCCAACUGGCUCAACAAUUUCAUUAUCGGCCUGAUCACCCCACCUCUCAUUCAGAACACGGGAUUCGCUUCAGCAAGGCCAACUGCAUGCAAAGCCUCCAGUGGCUCCGGAAAAUGGUCCCAGGCGAGGGCAGCUUAUCUUCUGACAAACGACAAGAUGAAUUCUAUUGUUGCUUUGCCGAUUGGCCCAGACGGACUCCUCGCCGCGGGGACAGUAACGUCAUCCAGCGGUGCUGGUUCAAACUCCAUCAGCGGCAUGACGAAUAAACCGGCUGCUCCAGAUGCGUUGGUAUCUCAGUCGGCUCUAACGGUGGUGGGAAGUCAUUUGUUUUCUGUGAACGCGGGUUCCAACACUGUUUCUAUGUUCAAAAUUGACGCUGCCGACCCGACAAAGCUCACUAUGGUUGGCCAACCCGCUGUUGUGCCUGGCGAAUUCCCCAACACAGUGGCUGCAUCUGAUGGAAACAAACUUGUUUGCGUCGCAACAACCGGUGCGAAGGCAGGCAUCGCGUGCGCUCCGUUCUCCGAGUCCGGUAUAGGUGCAAUGGAUGGUCUUCGUCCUAUUGACUUGAACCAAAGUACCCCGCCGGUUGGACCUACCAAUACUGUGUCGCAAGUCUUCUUUUCCGCGGAUGGGAGAGAUCUAUACGCUACUGUGAAGGGAGAUCCAACAAAGAACAACACUGGGUUCUUCGCCGCCUAUCCGGUUGCUAGGCAGUCUGGAACCGCGCGUGUGAGCCAACAACCGGUGCGCUCAUCACCCAAGGGCACGGCUGUUCUCUUUGGUUCCUCAACUAUCCCGAAUUCCGACAACGUUUUCGUGACAGACGCGUCUUUCGGCGCUGCUGUCCUAUCGGUCGACAGCAAUUCCAAGGUCGCUACGGUUAAAGCCAAGGCCGCUAUUGAUGGACAGAAAGCUACUUGCUGGGUUACAAUAUCGCCGGCUACGCACUCCGCAUUCGUCACAGAUGUUGCUUCGAACAGGCUGGUGGAGAUGUCUUUGGUAGAUGCCAGUAUCAAGAACACCAUCGAUCUGGCUUCCAAUGGUGACCCGGGGUUGGUUGAUUUGAAGGCUGCUGGCAGAUUUAUUUAUGCUCUUAGUCCUGGAAAUGGCACGACACAAGCGGCAGUGACGGUGGUUGAUGCGAUGAGCAAGCAGCAGGUUCAACACUUCGAGUUGAAGGCUCUUGGAGUUGGGGGCAACGCUCAAGGAAUGGCUCUGUUUCUUUGA